AUGUCGCAGAGCCCAUAUCACGUCGGUUCCAUAUCUCAACCCGAAGUGUUUGAGCCAUGGGAACACAAUUCGCUGUACGCUCCAACCCCUGGAUACAUUGGCAGUCCCUACGCAACGCGGUCCAACUACAGUCCCUCCUCGCCUGGUGGGCUUGAGAAUCAGUCACAACCAGAUACUCUCAGGCUGCUCCAGUUGUCCGAAUGGGAGGAUGGAAGAGAUUACAACCAGGACCCGCCGACCUGUAUUCACUACCGUAUAGAGUGGCGAGUGGCCGUUAACAACCGGGAGGUGUCUAAGGACACGGAGGAAGACCUCGUUUUGGCUCCUAGUGCCUACUGGCAGCUGUUCUUAGAGAAGAAGCUAAGCUAG